GAUGUUCCAGAACAGCAUUCACGCUGUAGCACAGCAACUAAACACAACGCCACUGUUGACCGAGGAUAUGCACGUAUCUCUCGAGCUCCGCGUUUUGUCAAGGUGAAUUUCCCAUGAAAAGAUGGGUUUUCUCGACAGGACGGCGUCAGCGUUCCUUUCAGUGGUACACGUGCUGUCAUUGCUCAGACCUGGCAGUAAGAGCCAGAUCGGCGGGAUAAAACUCAACGUAACUGUCCACGAGGGCAAAGUUGGGCGCCAGAGUCAGGGCAAGUACCUAGUCACAAUACGACAUGGCAAGAACAAGGUGCAGACCGCUAAGAAAAAGUCGGAUGCACUGAUCUGGGAGCAUUCUACGGAGUUUGUCGGGUCGCCAACAGACCAACUGGUUCUGAAACUCCGUAAGGCGAAGCGCUGCAAGGACACCACAGUCGGUGAGCUCUCCAUAGAUGUUGCAGCCGCAAUAGAGUCAGUGGACGGUUUACCGCAGAAGUGGUGGUACAUCAUGGACCAACCCAAGAAAGGCGGGCGGAGGAAAGAGGAAGUGUUCUUACAGGCGUCCGUUACUCUCGAAGGCACGGAGGGGAAAAGUCAGCCUACACAGAACCAAGUCUCAGUGACUAAGCCUUCCGAAGAGACCGUUGAGGCGUCAGAGCAGGGGAAGUCAGAGACUUUGUCGGAGCUGCAGAAUCACCAGGUCAAGGCGGUGGCAGUUUCCCUGGAAAAAGUCCCGGUCGCACACCCAGACAACAGCGCUGCGGACAGCAGUCCACCAGCCGUCACCGGCGACAUCGCAGACGUCAAACAAGACUCUUCAGACACAGCCUUAACUCCAGACACAGCGGACGAGUUUGACACAGAGGACAAGUUUGGUGUCAACGAAGACAUGGACGUCCCGCCAAACGACGCGCACCGUUCCUCUCGUCACACGGACGUCACGCUCCUUCACGUGUCCGGUGCUGCCGACAAUCAGGAGAGGGAGAUCGAGAGUGAGAUACCAAAGGGUCAAGUCUCAGUGACUAAGGCUCCCGAGGAGACCGUUGAGGCAUCAGCGCAAGGGGAGCCAGAGACUCUGUCGGAGCUGCAGGCGGUGGCAGUUUCCCUGGAAAAAGACCCGGUCGCACACCCAGACAACAGCGCUGCGGACAGCAGUCCACCAUCCGUCACCGGCGACAUCGCAGACGUCAAACAAGACUCUUCAGACACAGCCUUAACUCCAGACACAGCGGACGAGUUUGGUGUCAACGAAGACAUGGGCGUCGAGAGUGAGCUACCAAAGGGUCGAGGUACAUACAAGACUUCCGAAGGGACAGUCAAGACGGAGCUGCCAGAGAAACCAGAACCGGAGAAUGGGAAGAUCAAUGUUUCCCAGGAAACAGAGCCGGGCGCACCAUUGGCCGACAGCGGCAAGGACAGCUCACCGCCCUCCGCUGCCGGCGACGCCGCAGACGUCAGCACAGAGUCUUCCACAAGCUCGGCGUUCGGCCUCCCAGCCUCAAACCCAGACAAACGUCCUGCUGCCGGAGAAGGCGAUGUCCCAGAGCGCCACAGUCCUUCAGUCGUCCAUGGAAAAGAGACGGAAACACCCGACAACAUUGGCACGGAUACAUGCAGUCAAACCACAACGUCUACUCAAGGAGGAGGAUCGUCUCUUUCAACAACUACCCCAUCGCCCAAACACAAGGACGCAGAAGACCCACAGUAUGAAGAGGUGAUGUCGUCAGUCGACAAGUUGUGGGCAGAGCUCAACUUUGAGAGAGACUAUGCGGAAACGCUUCUCGCUCAUGCUGAAUCCCUUCGGGCCAAACUCAACACCGCCGCCCCGAAAGUUCUCCAGUACCCAGUUCUUAAGAACAUUGCCGCUGUCGUGCCCGAUCGCACAUCUUACGAGUUACCGGACACACAAGGACUCAGUCUGGUAGAGCUGCAAGACAUCCAGAAGACCCUCACCAAGGCUGUACAAGAAGAGAAGGAACGCGGGAGCUACAUCAAGCGCUGGUACUGGGAAGAACUGGUCCGCGUGGCUCUGAAGGAGGCACCUCAAGUAUUUGGGCCAGAAGACUGAUGUGACAAUCUUAUGAUGCCACAUUUAUAAAAUGCACCUUCUGUGCUAAUGGUUUGAAACCGAGUUCUAUCCGACAUUAUCAUCAAUCAAUCAACACAAUAACGUUUUGUCACAAAGAAUGUUCGUUAUAAAUCUUCAACUACCCCAGAUGCACAUUUGGUCUUUGAGAGAGAACCUGCACUUUGUUUGUGAUACCAGGUGCUGUGAAUAAUGAGUAUAUU